CGGAUCUACACGAGUCAGAUGAUGAUGUAUCCCGUCGGAAUUUAUUUGAGGUGGCGCCUGAAGACAUGGCGCUGCCCUGUAAGCAAGCGUGUAAAAGGUAUUUGUUGCAUUUGGCACAGGAGCACAUUGAAUUCAGACUCCCGGAAAUCAAAUCAUUACUUUCUCUUAAUGGAGCACAGUUCAUCGCUGAAGAGAAUUUCAAUGAAAAGUCUCCAUUUUGGAUCCUGAAUAUUUCUUCCGAAGAAGCAGCACAAGGAAUCAUGAAGCGAACAGUUUGUGCAAAAUCCAUAUUUGAAUUAUGGGGCUAUGGAAAAACACACGAAGAGCUAUAUACCUCUUUAAAGAAGUAUCCAGAGCGAAACAUGGGAAAUUUUCUUAAAGUGGAUUCAACCUACAAGAUUAAUGUUUAUACAUUCAAUAAGACUUUAACCCAUCAGGAACGAGUAACGAAGAUUGAUGCUUUAGAGUUUAUGCCAUUUCAAGGAAAAGUAAAUUUGAAAAAUCCUGAACAUGUCUUCUGCUUGCUGGAAGACUAUGGUUCUGACCCUAACAGAAUACCUGCGCAUCCAUUGAAUAUUUAUUUUGGCCGAUGGAUUGCAGAUGGUCAAAGAGAUUUAAUCCGUUCCUUCAGUGUGAAGAAAAGGCACUUUAUUGGAAACACCAGCAUGGAUGCAGGCUUGUCAUUUAUAAUGGCAAACCAUGGCAAAGUUAAAGCCAAUGAUUUGGUAUUUGAUCCAUUUGUUGGAACAGGUAGUCUUCUUGUUGCAUGCUCGCAUUUUGGAUGUUACGUUUUUGGUACAGACAUCGAUUACAACACAAUUCAUGGAAUUGGUAAGGCCAGUAGGAAAAACCAGAAAUGGCGAGGGCCAGAUGAGAAUAUCAGGGCCAAUCUGCGACAGUAUAAUACUGAAAAAUCAUAUAUUGAUGUUCUAGUGUCUGAUGCUUCAAAAUCAAUUUGGGUACCAAAAAUGCUGUUUGAUGCUAUCAUCACAGACCCUCCUUAUGGUAUUCGGGAAUCAACCAGAAAAAUCGGUUGUCAACGAGAAGCUGCUAAAUCAAAUGAAGAAUGGUGUGGAGAAAACCAUAUUCCUGCUUCAAUGGCCUAUCAUCUCAGUGAUAUUUUCAUAGAUUUAUUGAACUUUGCUGCUAAGCACCUUGUCAUGGGAGGAAGAUUGGUUUACUGGCUGCCAGUCUACAGGCCAGAAUAUAAGGAAGAAAUUAUACCUCAGCACCCUUGUCUGAAGCUUAUUAGCAAUUGUGAACAGAUUCUUUCCAGUCAUACAUCCAGGCGGUUAAUAACGAUGGAGAAACAGAAGGAGUUUGAGGCAGAAGAUGAGCUUGCACACCUUAUUGAUUCCAAAUUUAACCCAUAUCAAGGUCACAACUCAUUCCGGGAAAAGUAUUUCAGUGGCCUAACAAAGAAGAUUGCUAAGCAAGUAACCAACACUUCAAAAAUGCAAGACUGAGUGCUUCCUUCAAUAUUUUAGAUCAUUGUGCAUGUGUUUCAUUACAAAGAUUGUUCAUUUAAAUGAUUGUUUUACAUUUUUUUUUACAUGUGGCUAAAAUAAACUUUUUUUAUGGA